UCGGUGAGCGCCACAGUCGGCAGAGACGCACGCUGUUUUAUUAUCAUGCCUCAGUUUAAAUAUUGGAGAGGCGUGUGUUCCCUCAUCUGAAGCACAGCCUGUAGUUUAAAGUCCCUCCUUGUUAUUUAAAGAAAUAAACGCGAGUCGCUGCCAGCAGACAGUUUGUUUGUCGACUGUCUGACAUUAAUUUGGGAUUAAAAUGGUCAUCAAGGUUUACAUCGCCUCUUCAACUGGCUCUGUCGCGGUAAAGAAGUAUCAGCAGUCAGUGGUGGGUUUCUUAGAGGCCAAUCGAAUCAGCUUCCAGGAAGUAGACAUCACCAUGUUGGAGGAGCAGAGGCUCUGGAUGUACCGUAACAUCCCCAAAGACAAGCAGCCGAAGAAAGGCAACCCAGUGCCUCCGCAGAUCUUCAAUGAGGAUCGCUACUGUGGGGACUAUGAAGACUUCUUCCAGUCAAAGGAGAACAACACUGUGUUUGCAUUCCUUGGGCUCAGUUCCCAACCCUCAGUGAAAGAUUCUGAGUCAUAGCCUAGAUCGAAGUGCUGGUAUGUGACGUCCGGGGCACCUUUAAAUUAUGAGGACAUAAACGGCAUCACUUCCUGUGUUCCUUCUGCUCGAUGCCACCAUGAUGCCAAACAUCAGACCCCACGGAUUUCACCCUGGCCAACCUCUCCUGACUCUUUAAAUGACAUUCCACCAUCACAUCCAAGAAGUGUCUGAUUCUCAAGAGGCCACAAAGAAGUAAUAACUUCUUCUUUAGAAGAAGAAGUGGGCUUUAUGAUGGAUGCAUUUGUGUUUGCUUCUUUAUGUUUAACACACUGUGACAAAACGCUGUCAGUAGCAUCAAUUCUGUGCAAACUAGAAGACUAUGUAGCAGCUUUUGCAUCAGUAGCCCAGUUGCUUUAGGUCAAUCUACAAUGCAGUGGAUGGGGAAGAAUUGAUCAGGCACAAGUCACCAGAAUACACACCAAUAUUGUGUGUGUACAUGCCUUAGUGUGUGUUUAUAUAUCUCAAUCAGCAGCUGUUAAUGAAGGCACUGUUAAGUGAAGGGAGCUAAGAGGAGGCAGCACUUAAUGCAACCUGAAACAACCCGAGCCCUAGCCAUCAUGUCUGGCUGUGUGUGUUUGAAGUGUGUGUGCGUUUGUGUGGGAGUGAGGAUGCUUUCCCAGAGGUGACGGUGACAGUAGCAGCUUACAACAAAUCAGACGAGACCAAAUAUAUAAUAUAUAAUAAUCCUAAAACAUAUGAGGGAUAGAAAAUAUACCUAAUAUUAUUGUCACAUAAAACAAACUUAUUUUAUCAUUCCACUGCCAAACCAGUUUGCUUAAGGCAAAAGGUUGGCAUUAUUACAUAUAUAUUUCUUAUUGUCUAAUAAUCUAAUACAAAGACCAAAACCAACAAUGUGCUAAUCUGUCUCUCAGUACAUUCUGACUACCCUACCACAGUCUGUGGUACUGUGGUGCUCCAUUCAAUACGAAAGAUUUUAAUAACAGGUUUCAGAUAUAUAGUUUUAUUUCAAGUCAUUUCCUAAAAAUAGCUGGACAACGUUAUACAAGAGUCAAUAUCUAAUUAGUUUGGGACUAUUUUCAGACGUGAAUUAAAACACAUUUGAUGCCCUAAUGAGUAUUUCUGGCAGCUGAUCAUGGUGUUUGUGGUACUGACUCAAAAUAAACUACAGUGCCCAAGUUCAUUAUAAUGUAGAAACAUGUCAACCAGUCCAAUGGUGUGGCUCAUUAUGUGUAUUUAAUAGUUUUUGCGCAACAAUGGAGUUCUGUGGCACAGGGAAAAAAGAUAGAUUCAUUGUUGGUUUUGGUUCUUUCGAGGGAUUUGUUGACAACAGGAAAAUUAUAGAUCAUCACCAGCUUUAUCCUCCAAUCAAGACUGCUGUAGAUGAAGCAUGGUUACAUCAGGGUCACAUGAGCUGCAACGGUACACUCCACAGAUCUUUACUCAGAGUCUUAUCUGACAGAAACAUUAUAGUUUAUUGCUCAUAGUGGCAGAGCAGACCCAGCUUCCUCUGCUGUGCAUCUCCUUCUCUCUAUAUAUUUCCAGGUGUAUGAGUAAACAGAUACUGAAUUGUACGCUCCUGUCCUCCAAUAUGUAUUCUAUGUUCUCUCUCCCAAACACCAAACACUGAGCAUCCUUGUUAAAUUAUCAUGGGUGGGUGGUUGACUAAUUCCUUUAUAUUCACACAUGAAGGACGCGCACAAACAGACACACCCUCACUAGCCAUUCCUCCCUAAAUGUUGUGCCAUCACGAAAGGACAUAUCAUUUUCACUUAUUUCAAAUCAUGUAGGGGACAUCAUACUCUGUAUAUUUCUUUCAACACUAAGAAAAUUCCUGUUUUGCUAUCACAUCCUCAUUUAUUGUCUGAUCAUGUGAUGACUUUGACUUUAUUGUGAUGUUUUGUGAAUGGAUACUAACAAGACUGUUUAGACCACAAACUGACUAAAUGUACUAUAUGUUGCACCUCUCUGCCUGUGUUGCAGUAAAUGGUGGUAUUCUGUUUGUUACAGGCUCAUAUACUCAAUGACACUUCACUGUAUUUGUAUUUGACACAAGCAUAUUACAGCAUCUAAAGUACAUUUGCCUCUGUAUUUUUCAUGUGCAUGUUAUUGUUUUAAUAAUGCUACUGCAAAGAAAAAUAGCUUCAGAAAGCGAUUAAACUGAUUUUUUUCUUAAAAUAUUUGAAGUGUCUAAAUAACUGUCGGAUGUAAAGAUUGACACCUUUGUCUUGAAAGGAUUACUCUGAAGUAGCAGUGGUCAUUUUAUUUUUUGAUGCAGAAAACCCAAGUUGCCAACUGAAAGAGAAAAAACUAAUUUCCAGUAUUGCUUAUGACUUAUCAUGCAGGCACAUCAUACCUAACGUGUCAGAAUAAACUCAAUGUAUGAACAUUA